UCUGGCUGGACAACUGUGGAGCUGCGGCACACGCGCAAAGUGGCGCACUCACUCUUUGGAGUCUACGCGUCUGGCUGUUCGCGGGAAGAUUGAUGAUCCUUUACGUUAAAUGACUUAAAUUUAGAUGUUUUUAACAUUAAAAUAAAUAAUAAAUAAGGACAGCUAUUAGAAACAACAUCAAUGGGACAACAAAAAUCGCGAGAACUUGGAUCGCUCCGGUUUAGUUCUGUCAACUUUCCAUAGACGGUCCUGAACUGUCUCGGUGCGCGCAGCAGCAGCAGCAGCAGCAGCAGCAGCGGAGGAGGAGAAGGAGGAAGAGGAGCAGGAGGAGACUGGAUGAAGCAGGAGACGGGUCACUGAGGAGCAGCGAGCUGGGUGCGAGUUCCCCAUCAAAUCUAAACUCUCCAAUGUAUCCCGACAGAAUGCUGAUCAUUGGAGUUCUGCUCAGUGUCUUCUCUCCAGGUAGUUUUGCAGUAUCUGCAUCCUUGGACUGUCUAGAGGCGGAGCAGAGGUGCCUCCAGGACCAGUCCUGCAUGGGACUCUACCAGCUGCUGGAGUACUGCUCGGCGGAGGAAGCCGUGUCGCCUCUCGGUCCAGAUGCUCGCUUGGAGUGCCUGGAGGCUCAGAGCUCACUGCAGCAUUAUCGCCCACUUCAAGUUUGCAAGUGUCAGCGUGGAUCUCGCAGGGAGGAACACUGCCUCAGGGUCUACUGGACUGUGAGGUUUGGAGUGUAUGAAGAGUACGAGGUGUCGCCGUAUGAGGAGCUGGAGUUAAACCUGGUGAGAAACAUUGAGAUGUAUCGAAUGGCCUCCAUUGUUGCAGCUUCCUCCCUAUCCAUGGAUGGGCAAAACCAGUGUUUGAAGGCGGCACAGAACUGUGGGCUGUUUGAGAAAUGCGGCUCCCUGCGGUCAGAAUAUGUUGUUGCCUGCACCAAGCCGGUAACACAAACUGACAACAGCUGUAACCGCCAGAAAUGCCACAAAGCGCUGCGGCGCUUCCUGGAGCGUGUCCCAGAGGAGUACAGCUUCGCUUUGCUCUUCUGUCCCUGCACUGACACUCUGUGCGGGGAGCGGCGGAGGAAAACCAUCGUCCCGUCAUGCUCCUAUGAGGAGAACCAGAGAGGCGAGGAGAGAGCUGUGAAGCCCAACUGCCUCAGCCUACAGAACUACUGCUCCAGAGACGAGCUGUGUAGAUCCCGAUUUGCUGACUUCCAACACAACUGCCAGGCUUCCUCUUUCUCUGCCUCUGGCUGUGUGAGGGAAAGCCGAGUUGUGUGUUUGAAGGCCUACGCCGGACUUAUAGGGACCAUAAUGACGCCUAACUACGUGAGCAACAGCAGCACAGAGGUGUCACAGUGGUGCACGUGCGAAGGCAGCGGGAACGAGUGGCAAAGCUGUCAGCGCGUCCUGCAGAUGUUCAGCAACAACCUGUGUCUGCGCAAUGCCAUCAGCUCCAUGGGGAUCUCUGCACCUCCUCUGGUGGAACAAACCCUUGCGCCAGCUUCUCAGCUCCCUCCACAUGUUUUCCAGGAGAGCGACCAUGUCAGAGUGAACACAGUCACGGAAUUCAACAGUAUGGAGGACAGCGAUGAAGAGGAGCCAGAGGAGGACGCAGGGGAAGAAUUCAACAUCAUGCCGCCAUAUUCGGAAAAGGACUCCAACACGGAGUCUGGAGCCAGAGGAAGUCAGCGGGCAGCAGCUAACCGAGUAGUACCUGUGCUGCCUUUACUUCUCCUGCCAUCUCUCAUCCUGAGCUGAAGCCCCGAUCUUAUUCUCGGCUUACAUUUUCCACCCGCUGCUGCUGUCAAACGCAUCCCUGAGUGAACCACAGGGGACAGUUCCAAGGAAGAUGCUUAAGAAAUCGACCUUCCCUCACUUAUAAUACUUUAGACGGCAUCCCAGCCUGUUUUUUUAAUGUAAUUAUUUCCGUCCGAGCCUCCGUAGGAAGUGCGAGUUACCCCCAAUCCUUCAGUGUUUUUGCUCAAGUCAUCGCCAGUGAAAGGAAGAGAACAACAUGAGCAGAAAUGUGAGCGCAUGGGUGAAUUGAGACAUGCUGUCUGGGCAAAUACUCAAUCUAGAGUCAGCUUCACACUCAAAGUACAUCCCCUCUUUCAUGAAGAAGCUCAUUGCCUGAGGCUACUCUCACUAUACAUGCUUCCAAAACUGUACCCAUCUACUCCGCUGAAACCAGGCACGAGCAAGGCUUUUGAUUUCUAUUUCAUGACUCAUGUCACAUCCGUUUCUCCGCUGCGCCUUCAGCUCCUCUUCUCCCUCUGACAUGCUUCGGCUGAGCAUUACAAUCCACUUUACGACAAGGUAAUAAAAAAAAGUAAGCUGCAGUUAAAGUGCUUUGGAAAAAAAAAAUUAAAUAAGAGAUACUUGAAAUUGCUCAAAAAAUAGGAGAUUCAAACCUGCAUAUUGCAAAGAUUUGAUUGGUUCUUCUCACUUUGUGCACCAAAAAGUCACCCUUCUUCUGCCUCUUUUGUUAACACAGCACUUAAUAUUAUUCCUGCCACAUCAAAUGGCUAGGAACUCAACCAUGGGCAAAAGCAAUGAAAUCAAAUUCCAUUGUUGAAACAGCUCAGAGAGAAAAGCCACAUAAGCAAUUACAACACAAUUCAAAUUGCUCGGCAUGCCGGGGUAGGUCUGGAGUAAGGCUCGCGGGAGAAAAAAGCCAAUUUAUUGCUGUCAUACCCUCUCCAUUCUUUAUCCUCAGGAGAUCUGUAUUUAGUGCUCCUUCGCCAUCAUGUACUUUAGAUAUUUUGUGAGCGAGACAGCGAUGGGGACGGACGCAGGAGGCUGCAGAGCCUGCUGGCUGCUCUGAUCAUUGAGCAGCACAUUGAGCCAUUAUCUCUGCCUGAAAUAUCUUUUGCUGAUGUAAAUGUUUUUUUUUUCUCUUAUGGCUCAUUUUCCUGUGAAAUUAAGGAGCUGCAGGGUUGGAGGUGAGGAAAAAUACAGCAAAUUUCUCCUUUUUUUGCGGAGAUAAACUUGGCUAAUGUAAUAGCAACCUUGCAAGAAAUAAUCAGUCUGAACUCCUCAGAGAGAGUUAUUUAUUUAAUAUUUUUUUUACUUUUAAUUCAUUGUGCUUCAUGAUUUUUUUGCCACAAGUAGUGAAGGAAUAAAAUUUUCCCAUGAGGCAUUGCAAAAUAUCACGGAUCGUGAAACUGGUCGUCCGUAUAGUGUAUUUUUCUUUCUUUACAUCAUGAUUUAACAUGAGCAAAGUGAUGUUGAUCAACAGAAAUACUCCGCUGACCUGCCUGAGUCCAGGUCUUUUCUACUUCAAAGUUUCUCCGAGUCAAGGCAGGACUUUGAUGGGAUGUUGGGAGGUUAGCAGAUUUGCACCGACUGUUACAAACUUCUCGGUAAAGUGACAUCAUGCUGUUUUUUUUUUUUUUUUCCCUUUCCCCACCUUCAUCGUGGAACCGCUCCGACGUGAAAGAGGAGCAGUCACGUUGACAUUUGUGAAGUGUGGCUUCAAAUUUACACACCGUCAUAUCAAAACAUAAAAUCACUCUUGGAGGAUGUUAAAAUAUUCUGUUCUAUUUAUGGAAAACAGAAAAAAAAACUUUGUAAAAAAAAAAAAAAAGAAGAUUUUUGAACACUAGAAGAUCAUUCUGUCUUUGCGAGGUGUAAAAAAAGAAGAAUGUAAAUAGUUGUAAAUAUAUGUGAUGUGUAUUUAAUGCAAACGUGGAACAAACUGUAAAUAUUCUGAGCAUCAAAAGAGUUUUCUGACCUGUUGGCUGAGUUGUAGGGAAAAUGGCGCUGACGAUGCUUUAGCUGACAAACUGUCAGUUAAAGCCAAUGCUAGGGGUUAUGGAACUCAUUUAAGAAGGUUAUCCAACAUGUGGCAAAAACCGUCAGCUGGGUCUGCAUUCAAAGCAAGAGCAAAUAAAGUGGAAGGCUGUAAAAGGUAGACAAAGAAAAAUGACUCUCCAGGCAGAAAAAAAAAACAAAUGCAUAUACCUUGAAGAUAAUGCAGCAAAAGAAAUGGCAAACAGAUGAAAAAAAGAGAAGGCUCCUUGUGAGAGGUGUGAGAAAUCAGCUGAAUGAAAUAGGAUUUGGAUAGAGAAAAGGCCUAAUCCAAACCAUCAGUUACAGCUAGGCAAAAGAAAACAAGGUUUUAUUACAGUACAACUGGAGUUCAAGGAUGAGUGGAUCAAAGAAGGAUUCAGGAAUGAGUCUAAAGUCUGCAACGGAUGAAGAGAUCAUGAUGGAACUCAAGUUUAGAGAACGACCAUGAAGUGUAGGAAGAUGAGUGUGCCAAGAAAACUGCAAAUACUCAGAGACAUUAUUGGUAUGGGGUUCAUACGUUCACACUGGGCAUGUGACGUUUAGCAUAUGGUGUUCACUCUGAACUGUCACUACCCGAUACUAACACAUGUCUGCCUACUAUAGUUGGAGGAGGUUUGGUGCAAAUGUGGUGAAUUUUGCUAUUCUGAUACAUGAAAGACUUGGUGUCAUAUAAUUCUGUACGAGAACAAACCGCAAUUAUUAAUUUCGCCUCCAUAAUCCUUGUUCAAAUGGUUGGCACUUCCAUUAAUUACACAGGAAGUCAUCCAUACAUCACUAAUAAAUUCCAAUUGGUCAAAGUUCAACCUGGUUUAACUUUCAAUGGCAGCAACCUUUGAACAUAGAACCCAAAAAUGGUCUUAAAAAUGUUCUGAGCUACACAUCAGUGCGGGAGUUUUGAAUGUGGAAACGCAAAAUAUACUUCCAAGUGCGUUUACGUUGACUUUUCAUUAAGGUACGUACACACCUGCCAUAUGUAACACGUUCAAGAAUGCGGUUUAUGUAAGUGCAUCCAGCCGGUGGUGCUCACUCUUUUAUUUAUUUGUACUGCUACUAGCUCUUGUCUACACCUACAAUUGGUGCGAAAUGUUAAAGCGGUGCAAAUCCCAGAAUUCUUGCUCCAGUCUUUUUCUUUCAGCUCUAUUCUUGUAAAUGUAUGUCUUGGUGUCAUACAGGUCCACAAAAAAGUCAAAUAUACAUUUCUCCUUUGUGAUCAUAUUUAAAAUGAAGGAUACUAUCCGAGUCUCUGAUUGGACAAAGUUCAGAGUUUUUGCGAUUUACUGUCAAAAAGUUGAACUGGUUGAACUUCCGGUAAGCUCAAUGAACGCCCGAUUUGUUUUAAACGCAGAAGCCCAAAACUCUGGGUUUAAAUAGACUUUUCCUUUGAAGUAAAAGUGAAAGUAAACACAUCUUUAGUGGGGGUUGCUUGAACGCACGUUGCUUAGAGUGAUGUGAAUGAAGCUUAAGGAGGUUACAUUUCUUACCAGGGAAAUCUGGUUCUGCUGGAUCUUCUUUUGAUCCGUUUGGACUUACUUCUUCCCCUGUGCAGUUUUUCAGCUUUAUGCUCAGCACGGGGAACUUCACCAAAAGUAUUUUUUUUGUGUGUGUAAUCCGCUGAUCAUCUAAAAUUUCCUAAUGAAAUGAGAUAAAUAAUUUGGCCAUAUUUGAAUAAUUAAGAUUUUGCUCAAUUUGAUGUGUAUUUAAUUUUUUUGUACCAAAAGAUAAAUACAGAAUCUUCAAGGAUGAUCAAUGAUAAGGUUGUCGAUUUUCAGUAUGAAUUUACAGUAUGCCUCAGUGAUCUCUAAUGUUUUCUUUAAUAAAAACAUGUCACUUCAAAGACAGACACAUAAAAACAGUCUGGAUGUCAGCUCCAGUGACUUUUAUUGUGAAAGGGAAAACAGAAGAGCAAACAAAGCACUCUUUGUGCCUUUUAUACUCAGCUUUCUUCCUAUAGUUGCUUGAGAAAAAGAAGAAAAAUAGCAAACUGCAUAAUUGUCAUAGUUUUUAUUUUUUUAUUGUUAUAUUUGUUACUUUUCAUGCAGCAAAAACAACAACUAUAAAUGUGUUGGUGUGAAAACAUUAUUUAUCCAACUGAAAUGACCUUCACCCAGAAAUUGCAAUAUGGAACCAUUAAAUUUAUGAAUAUAUUUUCUUAUGAGAUAUUUCUUUCAUUUUUAUUGUUUUUUUGUAAAAGUUGCUUUCCUGCUGGUCUUGAAUGUACAAUUCAUAAUUUUAUGAAUGAAAGUUCCACUUUUGUUCAUUCAAAAAUCUCUAUGUAAAAACUAUAACUCAUUGCCAAAAAACAAGGAAAAUUUGACAAACAAAUCAAAUUAUGUUGAAUCCUAAAUCGAAUUUUUGUUUAAAUCAAGAUUAAAAACUCUUAAAGGAAAAACUGAAAUAUUUAAAGAAUAUAAUAGAUAUACAAAAAUAAAACAACUAACAUCCUCCAAGAGGGUAAAUACUUCCUGGGGCCAAUUGGCAUUGAAAUCUACCAACCUGUGCCACUGACAUGUCACCGUGAUGGAGCGGCGCUAACAUGGCGCCACAAUGAGUCAUCUUCCUUUAAAAAGUGUGUGAGCCAUAUCAGUUAUUCUCUGGCCUUAAUGAUUUCAUAUGAUUUAAAUGUAUUUUUAAAUUUCAGUAAAUCUGUUUAUAUUUAUAAAUAAUAGGACGAAAACAUUUCCAUGAAACGAUGUCAUGGAGCGUUUAAGGAAAAAAGGAAGCUGGUAAAAAUGAAACUUUAAUGAAACACUAAACCAGGCAGCUUGUAUUCUGUUUCAUGAUUGUGGUGAAACUGUGUACAGUAUUAUUUCUCAUGCUAAGCCACUUGUGAAAUCUGAAUAACUCUGACACUGAUGUGAAAUAGUUGUGUACCUUUGUGCCAUAUAGCAGAAAUAACAUUGUUUGAAGGAAUAAAAGUCAGAAUCGACAUUUUCAUGUAAAAAGAAAAGCCUGCUGUUCAUGAGAAAUGUUCUUGUCAUCUUCUUUUUGAUUCUGUGAAAACAAGCGGUUUCAAUGCAGAUUUGAGGCCUAAUAAAUCAGAAAUUUAAA